AUGGAUGCCACACUAACGUCGACCACAGACAUGGUCUUUGACGACCGUGUCCGUGUUUUCCAAAACUUCUUGAGCACGAGAGUGAAUGAUGUUCCAAUUUAUGAGCGUGAAAUCCAACGUAUGUUAAGGUCACGUAAGAAGAGAUUGCCAAUUAAUAUCGAUGAACUGAGACGAUUCGACCCCCGCUUUGCAGAAGGUCUACUAGACACCCCGGCAGACUAUUUUCCUGCUGCUCUAAAGGCAUUGAAUGAGACUGUUUUGGCCCUCUAUAACCCCGUGGAAAUGCCCGGCAUCGAUAAAGUGGACGAAGAUGACUAUUAUCUCUCAUUUGUUGGCUCGUUUGGAGCCUACUCUGUCUCUCCAAGGACAAUCAACUCCUCAUACUUGUCAAAGAUGGUUUCUAUUGAGGGAAUCGUCACUAGGGCAUCACUUGUUAGACCCAAAAUCGUCAAAUCAGUUCACUAUAAUGAACGUAAAAACUUCUUUUUCUCCAGGUCAUAUCAGGAUCAAACGACAAGCUUUGAUCCAAUCAAUACUCCUGCAAUUUACCCCACAGAGGACCCAGAAGGUAAUAAGUUGGAAACUGAAUAUGGGUUGUGUAGAUAUAGAGACCAUCAAACCAUCACCAUCCAAGAAUUGCCUGAAUUGGCCCCUCCGGGUCAAUUGCCUAGAUCUUUGGAUGUGAUUCUGGAUGAUGAUCUUGCAGACUCGUGUAAGCCCGGAGAUAGAAUACAGGUUAUUGGUAUAUACAGAUCUCUUGGUGGUGGUCUCAAUGACAACGGUGCAUUCAAAGUAGUCAUUUUGGCUAAUUCGGUUUAUCAAUUACACGCACUCUCCACUUCUUCAAGAGUGAGUGAAAACUUAACAACCGCUGAUAUUGAUAACAUCGUUAGGUUGUCUCGUAAGCGUCAAAUUUUUGACUUACUAUCAGAAUCUCUAGCUCCUUCAAUUUAUGGUCAUUCUUAUAUUAAAAAGGCUAUUUUAUUGAUGCUUCUCGGUGGUACCUCGAAAACAUUGGAUAAUGGUGCUAGAUUAAGAGGUGAUAUAAACAUACUUAUGGUUGGUGACCCUUCUACUGCCAAAUCUCAGAUGUUAAGGUUUGUUUUGAACACCGCUCCCUUGGCCAUUACAACAACAGGUAGAGGUUCUUCAGGUGUCGGUUUGACCGCUGCAGUUACAACCGACAAAGAAACUGGUGAGCGAAGACUAGAAGCGGGUGCCAUGGUUUUGGCUGAUCAAGGUAUCGUGUGUAUCGACGAGUUUGAUAAGAUGAACGAUAUAGAUAGAGUUGCAAUUCAUGAAGUCAUGGAACAACAAACAAUCACCAUAUCUAAAGCUGGUAUUCAUACUUCACUUAAUGCUAGAUGUGCGGUGUUUGCGGCAGCUAAUCCAAUCUUCGGCCAGUAUGAUACAUUCAAAACUCCCCAGCAAAAUAUCGCAUUGCCCGAUUCUCUAUUAUCCAGAUUUGAUUUGUUAUUUAUCGUCACUGAUGAUAUCAACGAUGAGCGUGAUAGGAGAAUCAGUGAGCAUGUUAUGAACAUGCACAGGUAUAUUCCUCAAGGUUACAGUGAAGGUGAACCCAUUAGAGAUAAGUCCAACAUCAGGCUAGCUGUUGGUGAUCACGAGUUGGAAGAAACUGGAGACAAAUCCUCGAAAGUUUUCCUUAAAUACAACCCCAGCUUACAUGCAGGUGUUACGGUGAAAACAUCCAAGGGUGAAACACGUCCACUAGUUUUGACAAUUCCAUUUUUGAAAAAGUACAUCCAAUAUGCUAAAACCAAGGAACCAAUAAUGAGUGAACAUGCCAAGAAUUUGAUUGUGGAUAUUUAUGCAAGUUUAAGAAAUGAUGAGAAUACUAAAAACUCUAGAACAACUCCGAUCACUGCAAGAACUUUGGAAACUCUUAUCCGGUUGGCAACGGCACAUGCUAAAAUUAGAUUAUCCGCCACAAUCAAUGUUAAAGAUGUUAAAAUAGCUGAAGAGUUGUUACGUUUCUCUCUAUUUAAAGAAGUCAACAAAAAAUCUUCCCAAAACAGUUCUAAUAAAUCACCAAGGAAAAAGAGGAAAACCAAUGUUGAUGGGGCAGAACUAUCAUCCGAAGAAGAAGAUGAUGAUGAAGGAGUACAUGAUGGACGUGAGGAGCAUAAUAUCUUAUCAACAGCACAACCAAAUUUGCAACCAAGAUCACCUUCUAGAAUAACGAGAUCUUUGCGUUCGAAUGCAGACGUAGUAAUACAUGAAGAUAAAGAUGUGGAAAAUGUCAGGCGUGGAUUGCAAAAUCUCGAGACCUCUCCAACUUCGAAUAAGGAGAAUAUCAUACCCGUUGAAGAUACGACACCUACGAGGUCAACCACCCGGGGUAUUCAACUUACAGAAUCCACGACUUUGCAACCGGUUGAAGUUGAAGGGGCGGAAAAUGAACAUUUUGAUGGUGAAAUUUCCGAAAACAGAUACCAGCUUUUCAAGAGGACAUUAUCAGUUAUACUACGAAAUGAUAAAAGAGAUCAAUAUCUAAUCUCAGAGUUGUCAGAGCUUAUCAAUGGUCAACUAUCUCAAGAAGACCGGUUUGGCCCAGCCGAAAGUCAGGCUGCAUUACAUCUACUAGAGAUUGAUAAUGUCGUGAUGACCUCUGAAAAUUAUGUUUAUCCAAUUUGA